CAGUUGGCAUCAGUGUUAUGAAAGCGCCCGGUUUUGUGUAACUGGGCUGAAGUGUGUUGAUCAGAUGCAGCAGGGAUCAGAUCUUCAUAGAAUCUGAGAUGAUUUUCUCACUCGGAUUUACUUAAAUCUCACUCUUCUGUUUUAAUAACACCUCAGAAGAGUUCUGGAUCAUCAUGGUGGUAAACUCCAUCCACUGGUUUCGGAAGGGACUGCGUCUCCAUGACAACCCUGCCCUUCUGGAGGCGGUGAAGGGGGCCGAUACGCUGCGCUGUGUCUACUUUCUGGACCCCUGGUUCGCCGGAGCCUCCAACCUCGGGGUCAACAGGUGGAGGUUUCUCCUGCAGUCUUUAGAGGAUCUGGACUCUCGUCUCCGUGAACUCAACUCGUGUCUGUUUGUGAUCCGUGGUCAACCUGCCAACAUCUUCCCUCGACUCUUCAAGGAAUGGAAGGUGAAUCGACUGACGUUCGAGUGCGACUCGGAGCCGUUCGGUAAGGAGCGAGACGCUGCGAUAAAAAAACUAGCAUCUGAAGCCGGAGUGGAGGUCGUUAUGAAGAUCUCGCACACGCUUUAUGAUCUGGACAGGAUUAUAACACUCAACGGCGGUCACCCUCCUCUCACAUACAAACACUUCCAGACGCUGGUGAGCAGCAGUAUGGAGCCACCAGAACCUCCAGCAGAACCUCUGAGUAAAGAUCUCAUGAGGAACUGUGUCACACCUGUCAAUGAAAACCAUCGGGAGAAAUACAGCGUACCACAACUGGACGAACUGGGGUUCGACACUGAAGGUUUGGUUCCUGCUGUUUGGCCCGGAGGAGAAUCAGAGGCACUGAAACGCAUGGAGAGACACCUCGGACCUGACGCCGCUGCUGCAUGGCAGGAGAACUUCGAGCGACCCAAGAUGAACUCCAGUCCUUUAUUGGCGAGUCCUCUUGGAUUGAGUCCGUAUUUGCGUUUCGGCUGUCUGUCGUGUCGUCUCUACUAUUAUAAACUCACAGAGCUCUAUAAGAAGGUCAAGAAGAAUGACAACCCGUCCAUCUCGCUCUAUGAUAAGAUCCUAUGGAGGGAGUUUUUCUACACGGCGGCUACGAAUAAUCCUCGAUUCGACCGGAUGGAGGGAAAUCCCAUCUGCAUUCGGAUCCCGUGGGACAAGAACGCGGAGGCGCUGGCAAAAUGGGCGGAAGCUAAGACGGGAUUCCCCUGGAUCGACGCCAUCAUGACCCAGCUGCGUGAGGAGGGUUGGAUCCAUCACCUGGCGCGCCACGCCGUGGCCUGUUUCCUGACCCGUGGAGAUCUGUGGAUCAGCUGGGAGGAGGGCAUGAAGGUGUUCGAGGAGCUCUUACUGGACGCAGACUGGAGCGUGAACGCUGGCAGCUGGCUCUGUCACUCCUGCAGCUCUUUCUUUCAGCAGUUCUUUCACUGUUACUGUCCCGUGGGCUUCGGACGGAGGAUCGACCCCAACGGUGACUUCAUCAGGUCUGUGAUGUCAGGGUUUGUGGGUGGAGUCUUUGGUUUGGUUACCUUUGGUUUUGUGAAGGUUGUGAUGAGACGCUGCGGUUUAAUCUCUCCGUCUCAUUCCAGACGUUACUUACCUGCCCUCCGAGAUUUUCCAGCCAAGUUCAUCUACGAUCCCUGGAACGCGCCGGAAGAUGUUCAGAUCGCCGCCAGGUGUGUGAUCGGGGUGGAUUAUCCCAAACCCAUGGUGAACCACGCGGAGGCCAGUCGACUGAACAUCGAGAGGAUGAGACAGAUCUACCAACAGCUCUCCAGAUAUAGAGGACUCAGUCUCCUUGCCACCGUGCCAUCCAAUCACAUGGAGGAGGCGAGCGUGAAUGAAGGCAGAGGAGUCGUGGCGUCUUACCGGGUCAGAAGAGAGCAACGUGACGCUCGCGAGCCGCCGGGAACCAGCGGUGUGAAAUACAGGAGACACCGACACGCACUCAGCCACCGUACGUCGCCCUACGUCACUCAGAGUGAUUUGACAGGCCACGCCCACCAGUUUGCGGUCCCGCAUCAACCAGGACCUUUGAAUGUUGGGGGUGGGACAGGAAAGAGAGAAAGGGAGGCGGAGCAUGACAGUCGCAUGAGGGAUAAUGGCCCCUCCUCCUCAUCCCACUGCUGAAUAUGUAUAAUGUAUUAUAAACGUUCCUCUUGUGUUACUGUGCGUUCACACCAGAUGCGUAUGAAGUGAAUAAAUCACGCUAUUUACACGUAGAUGUACAUUAUUUAGCUAAUUUUCAUCAUUUGCGCGUGUUUUUUGAUAUAUAUAUAUAUAUAUAUAUAUAUGCAAGAUCCUUUUUAUUCUGUUUCUAUAAAAGUACAAAGCGACAAUGAUUUAGUCCUCGGUUGUUCAUAUUUCUGCCUCCGCUCGCUACGUCAUAAUCACGUCAUUACUAGAGCAAACUUCUGUUUGGUUGACGCUGCGUGAAUAUCCGCCAAAGUUCAGAUUUUUUGCUUCGCGCGAAUCAUGUGUUACGCAAAUCAAAUAUUUGUGCCACGUAAUAUGUGUUAAGCGCGCCACAGUUUGUCUAUCGCACCUUUGCAUUGACUUGUAAAUAACUUGCGCUUAACGCUUCAUUCGCGUCUCGUGUGGACAUACAGUCAAACACAGUAUUGCUCUUAAGAGUAAUUUUUAAAUUAUUUUUAAGCAAAUCUCCAUGGUGCACAGGCAAUUUUAAACAUUUCUACGAAAAUGAAAUUAUUGUCCCAAAUACUGAUUUUAAAAAUCAAAUGUGAGAAAGAUGUUUAUGUGUUUUUUCCCCCCUGAUAUUAGUUAACUGAAAAGAGUCUUCACACCAAAUUUAUAAUGAAUUGCUGAAGUCUCAAAAUCUCUUCCAGAUAAUAAAACUUUGAUCUUAAUGUGAAGUGUAAAUAAAAGUCCUCAAUGAAGGGAAAACCCCAAGCAGUGUUUCUGGCCCAAAUCCAAUCACGUGUUAAAGUCUUCAUGUAUUUUUACAGAUAAAUAUUGAUAAUCAUUUGAUCUGGUGUCACAAACAGCCAAAGAAGAACAAACAUCAGUAAAUACAGACAGCUUCUCCAUCACGUCACCUCACGUGUAAAUACCUGCAGCUAAAGUCACAUGACAUUGAUCUUCUGUCUCUUGUGUGCUUGUAUUUAUUCAGAGAUGAAGAUCAUUCAGUUGUGUGUUUAGUCUAGGUUUUAUUUAUUUGACAUGUCUUCCAUGUAGGACUGGAAAACGAUUAUUCACGACUAAUGUUUGCAUAAUAAAAGUUUUUGUUUACAUCAUUCAUAUGUUUUUGUAUAGUAUAUAAUAAUAAUAAUGUAUAUAAAAAUAUAAAAAAGAAAUAUGUGUAUAUAGGCCGUUUCAGCGGUCACAACAUAAACAAGCCGCUGUUGCGGUCCGCACGUAACUUCCGGUAAACUCCGCUAAGAAUAAAUAACAACAAAGUUCUUUAAACGUAGUGUAUUUAUAUAACAAGCAAAACAACAACACGUAGAUUACCUAGGAAACCAAAACAUUUGUUAUUUUCGACGAGGCAUUUGUUUAAGAGAUCAGUUUAGCAACUACUCAGACAAUUAAAAAAACGAAACCGGAAGUAAGGUUCGGAUCCAGACGUGUAUCACGUGAGUCCGAUGAAACCGUCUAUACAUAUAUUAUAUUUAUAUAUAAUUAUUAAUAAUAUUUGAAUGUUUUUUUGUAUAUGUAUGUGUGUGUAUUUAUAUAUACAUAAUUAUUAUACACACACACAUAUAUGAUGUUAACAAAAACUUUUAUUCUGCAAACCUUUAGUCGCAAUUAAUCGUUUUCCAGCCCUACUUCCACGACUCGUGACCAGAACAAACUAAACUAUUACUGAACUUUAUUCCUCUGUUAGUUUCUUAAAUUAUCGGUGUAUUGUAAGGUGUUUUGUAUCUUAUAAUGCUGUAUAUAAUUAUUUACUGCCUUUUCAUUUUGACUGAAUCUUCAUAGCAGUUUUUAAUAUUAAUGAUAAAUACUGUGUCUUACUCUGUGUCUGUAAAUCUCAUAUUAUCUGACUAAAACUCUUUAAACAAA